UGCCGGCCUGGCUCCCGGGUGGUGGAGACAUGUGGCCAUGCCAUUAGCAUCCUGCUUGGUUUCUGGACCAGUUUCAUCUGUGACACCUACAUAGUCCUCACUUGGAACAACAAGAUAAAAAGGGGCUCUGGUGCUGGUUCCUUUUCUGAUUAACCACACAGCAGAAUACAGAACACAAGUCAUACAAUAGAAGACCAAAGUCAAGUACCAGAAGCAGGUGACAUCUCGAAUUUCAGUUCUUUGGAAGCAGCUAUUUUUACAAAGCCACUUUUUGCAGCUAUUUUGAUAUGAGGAUAUUUUGAUUUGGCCUAAAAAUUCAGCUAAUAAAUGUUCAGCUUGUAAAAAAUAAAUGAUGAGUAAAAUGGAAAUUUUAUACUCCAACUUUGAGCUUCACCCCAUCCUUGAUUUUUAUCCUAUUGCCAAUCCAUCCUACCUCUGGGAAUCAAGGUGUAUGGAUUGUGGUCAGGU